UUAUCAUAAUUCAUAAGAGGGAUUUCUCGUGAAAAGAAAGGGGCUCACAGGCCAAUAAAGCCCAUAAUUUCCCCUCACCAUUACACCAUUAUUCAAGCUUGUUUGCCUCAUUAUUUAGUCUUCCACUUUCUUCUUCUUCUUCCACUUCCAUUAAUUCUUAAAGUCUUCAUCUUUUUUAAUUCCUUCUACAUUCUCAUAUUAAAUUUCUGGGCUUUCUUCUCUUGUUUUUAAGGUUCAACCUUUUCGAUCAAUAUUUCUAUUUUUAGUAAGUGUCGAGAUCAAUGAAUUAUGCUAAUUACUUUGUCUUUUUUAUUCACAAUUCGCUCAAAAUGAUUGACAUAAAUUUAUGUCUAGAUUAUUAGUUUAGAUGACUAACAAUCAUUUUUUAUGUGUUGAAUCAUCUCGUCUAUCAUUUAUACAUCAUUAUUAUAUAUUACACAAUUUGAAAUGAACAUAUUUUUUUAUCAAAUUAUCAUGACCCGUUAGGCAGACUCGUGCUUAGAUUUCCUUCUUACUCCAUAGACUACAUUACAUGAAUUAAAAUGGUUCCUUUUUCUCAUAAAUUUUCCCAAGGUCCUAAUGGUUUUACCUAAGAUCCUGAAUUAUCCUCCUAUAAUAUGAGUCUUUUUCUACUGAUUUAAAGUGGGCAAACCUAGUUUUUGUUUUUUGAAAUGCUAGUUUGUGUUAGAGGUGUUCUGCUUUGUGGGUCUGAAUUAAAACAAAAUCCCAGAAAAAAAAAAGAAGGAAAUUUAGGAUUUUUGAGAUGGAUUCCUAUUGUGCUACAUUUGGAACAAGUACUCAUAUGUCAAGAAAUGGGCUGCAAGAGAAAGAAAGUGGAUUUUUGGGGGACAGAAUUAGAGGAGGAUUGAAAAGCAAUGUUUUAUUUAAUAAGUUGCCUAAAAGCUUGAAAAAUGAUCAAAGAUGUAGGAAGAUUAAGUCUGGGGUUGCUGUUUCUGUCUUGACAUCAAACAAUUCCACUGAGACCCUUAUUAGAGAGACACCCAUUUUCGAAAGGCGAAGAGCUGAUCCAAAAAAUGUCGCAUCGAUCAUAUUGGGAGGAGGUGCAGGAACUCAGUUAUUUCCUCUUACCAGCAGAACUGCAACACCUGCUGUUCCUGUGGGAGGAUGCUACAGGCUUAUCGAUAUUCCGAUGAGUAACUGUAUCAAUAGUGGUAUAAACAAGAUAUUCAUAUUAACUCAGUUCAAUUCUGCUUCUCUUAAUCGCCACAUUUACCGUACUUAUCAUGGGAAUGGUAUCAACUUCGGAGAUGGAUUUGUCGAGGUUUUGGCAGCUACACAAACACAAGGUGAAACCGGAAAGAACUGGUUCCAAGGAACGGCUGAUGCUGUCAGGCAAUUUAUAUGGUUGUUUGAGGACGCAAGGAAUAAGGAAAUCGAAAAUAUUCUGAUAUUGUCGGGCGAUCAGCUGUAUAGAAUGGACUAUAUGGAUCUUGUGCAGAAUCACAUUGAUAGAAACUCUGAUAUCACAAUUUCUUGUGUUCCUGUGGGUGAGAGCCGCGCAUCAGAUUAUGGGUUGAUGAAGAUAGAUAGCAGAGGCCGGGUUGUCCAUUUCUCGGAGAAACCUAAGGGACAAGACUUACAAGCAAUGAGAGUGGACACACAAAUCCUAGGCUUAUCUAAAGAAGAUGCAAUGAAGAAUCCUCACAUUGCAUCCAUGGGAGUUUAUGUGUUUAAGACAGAAGUUCUACUCAAGCUUCUGACACAGACAUACCCAAGAGCCAAUGACUUUGGGUCUGAAAUUCUUCCUGCUGCUGUUAAAAACCAAAAUAUUCAGGCAUAUCUGUUCAGAGACUACUGGGAGGAUAUUGGAACCCUCAACUCAUUCUUCGAAGCUAAUUUGGCCCUCACUAAAGAGUCGCCAAGGUUUGAAUUUUACGACCCAAAGACACCCUUUUUCACGUCCCCUCGGUUCCUUCCACCAACCAAAAUGGACAAUUGCAAGAUCAAGGAUGCCAUUAUUUCGCAUGGAUGUUUCCUGCGAGAAUGUAUAGUUGAGCACUCGAUUGUGGGAGAGAGGUCUCGUUUGGACUCUGGCGUAGAGCUUAAGGAUACCUUGAUGAUGGGUGCAGACUACUAUCAAACCGAACCUGAGAUUGCAUCGCUUCUGGCGGAGGGUAAGGUGCCAAUUGGGAUUGGGCGGAACACAAAAAUCAGGAAUUGUAUCAUCGACAAGAAUGCAAAGAUUGGCAAAGACGUGAUCAUUACCAAUAAAGAUGGUGUCGUAGAAGCAGAUCGUCCAGAGGAAGGGUUCUAUAUCCGAUCAGGAAUCACAGUCAUAGUGGAGAAGGCAACAAUCGAAGAUGGAACUGUCAUAUAAAAAGCUUUCGAGUUCAACUGUCAAAAAUUCGUAAAACAUAAAGCUCAAAAAGGACAUUGGUCUGAAAGGCUCGAGCAAACGUUACAUCAAAGGCGAAAGAAAAGCAAAGGAAUACAAGAAUGAGCUGCAAGGGAUCAUCUAGUACUGUCAUAUGUAGGACUAUGGACCAGCUUGGGUAAAGUAGGGAGGAAGAUUAAGCUGGUUUUAUGCUAUCUAUUAUAAUACUACAACUAAAUAGCUCCAUACUAUCUAUAGAGAGUUCUUUGGUUAGUAAGUUAUAAAUGUAAACCAAAUAUGGAAAUCUUGUAUCAAACUUUUGUUUAUACAUCAAUAAAAGUCGUGUACUAAGGGUUAUGGUUAACUA